CCACCUCUUUCCUCCAUCAAUGCUCUGCAAACGGCAAUCUCUUGAGAGGGAAGAAGAAUACGAAGAUGCAACGGGAGGGAAGAAGGGAUUCCUGGGAAGAAGAUAUUAAAGAGAGAAGUGCAGUUGAACGAGUGCGUAAGCUGGCAGAGGAGGAUGCGGUGGUAUUGUUCACCAAAAGUGAGUGCUGCAUAUCCGUGGCGGCGAAGGCCCUCCUGUCCACCUUGGGAGCGCAUCCCACCAUCCAUCAACUGGAUAAAGAAGAAGAGGGAGAGGAGAUGGAGGGCGCUCUGCUCACAAUGCUGGCUGCCCACCCUGCCGUCCCUGCUAUCUUCAUCGGUGGAAAGCUGGUGGGAGGGAUGGAGGAGCUCAUGAGUUGUCACAUCACAGGUUUUCUGCUGCCUCUCUUGAAGGAAGCCGGAGCCUUGUGGUUAUGAGCCGGAAGCCGGAGCUCAAGCCUUUAAACCUAAAUUUUGGAUGCAGCGGGAGGGAAGAAGAGAUUAAAGAGAGGAGUCCUUGUGGUUCUGAAUCCCUCCAACUCUUACAAUAUCAAGCCUUUAAACCCAAAUUUUGGAUGCCUUUUCAAUCACUAUGUCAAGCUCAAUGUCGUCUAAUGUCUUUAGUUCUACAAUGUUUUGUCAUCGUUUCUUAGCUACAUUAAAACAGUCCAAACGGUGAAACUUGGCCUUCUAAGAGCGGGAGUUUCGGUGGUUCUUUUUCUAUCAAGUGCAGUUAUAAAAUGUAAUGUAAUGGGCGCAUAAGCUGCUAUUGCAUAGCCCAUUUCUGUUGUUACAAUCUAAAGAAAGCAUGUAACGAAAUUCCUGCAUAGUUGCAAUUCUGUUAACCAUUUUGGUACUCUAUUGUUAAUGGAAGUGUUUUGCAAAUCUGAAGUCUGA